ACCGGAUUGAGCCGGCGAGGGGGCUCUCCCGGCCGGGGACUGCGGGAGCAUCCCCCGCCCCCCGCCUCCUCCCCGCCCGUAACCCGAGAGACAGCCUCAACUCUUGGAGGACACUCUCCUGGCAAAGAUGGAAGAAAAACGACGCAAGUACUCGAUCAGCAGUGAUAACUCAGACACCACUGACAGUCACACCACAUCCGCCUCCAGAUGCUCCAAAAUUCCGAAUACCAAAUCCACCUGGUCACGGCAGAAGGAGAAGAAGCCCUCUGAGGUUUUCCGUACGGAUCUGAUAACGGCCAUGAAGAUCCCUGACUCCUUCCAGCUGAGCCCCGACGAGUACUACGUCCUGGCCGAUCCCUGGAGGCAGGAGUGGGAGAAGGGCGUCCAGGUGCCGGCGAGCGCCGAGGCCAUCCCCGAGCCCGUGGUCAGGAUCAUACCCCAGCUGGAGAACUCACCUUCACAGGUUUCACCGAGUAACCUGCCUGGCUCCGAGAUUUCGGAAGCUACGAGGACUUACUUGCAAGGAGUGAGCCGCUAUGACCUGGAUGAGCUCGAUGCUUGCUGGUUGGAGCUUGUUAAUAUGGAGCUCAAGGAGAUGGAAAAGCCCGAGCUGGACGAGAUCACCCUGGAGCGAGUGCUGGAGGAGCUGGAGACCAUGUGCUACGAGAACAUGAACAUCGCCAUCGAAACGGAGGAGGGCUUGGGCAUCGAGUAUGACGAGGACGUGGUGUGCGACGUCUGCCGCUCGCCGGAGGGGGAGGACGGCAACGAGAUGGUGUUCUGCGACAAGUGCAACGUCUGCGUGCACCAGGCGUGCUACGGCAUCCUGAAGGUCCCCAUCGGGAGCUGGCUGUGCCGGACCUGCGCCCUCGGGGUUCAGCCAAAGUGUCUACUGUGCCCAAAGAGAGGGGGAGCGCUGAAGCCCACCCGGAGCGGGACGAAAUGGGUCCACGUUAGCUGUGCCUUAUGGAUACCUGAAGUUAGCAUUGGAUGUCCUGAAAAAAUGGAACCCAUUACAAAGAUCUCACAUAUCCCAGCAAGCAGAUGGGCUUUGUCCUGCAGCCUCUGCAAGGAGUGCACUGGGACGUGUAUUCAGUGCUCCAUGCCCGCCUGCGUCACCGCGUUCCACGUCACCUGCGCCUUCGACCACAACCUCGACAUGCGGACUAUUCUAGCAGACAACGACGAAGUGAAGUUCAAGUCCUUCUGCCUUGAGCACAGCACCGGUGCCACCAAGCUGCCCGAGGAGGCACGGACAGAGCCCGACCAAGCCCAGCUGGACUUGGAGAAAGUCACGCUGCGGAAGCAAAAGCUCCAGCAGCUGGAGGAGGACUUCUAUGAACUCGUGAAGCCUUCGGAGGUGGCGGAGAACCUUGACUUAAGUGAAUCACUGGUGGAUUUUGUCUACCAGUACUGGAAGCUGAAGAGGAAAGCAAAUUCCAACAAACCACUGCUGACACCAAAAACGGAUGAAGUGGACAACUUGGCCCAGCAAGAACAGGACGUUCUCUACCGACGCUUAAAGCUCUUCAUGCACCUCAGGCAAGACCUGGAGAGGGUUAGAAAUCUCUGUUACAUGGUGACGAGACGGGAGAAAAUGAAACACACCAUUUGUAAACUCCAGGAGCAGAUCUUCCAUCUCCAGAUGAAGCUUAUUGAGAAAGAUCUUUACCCAGAACAAACUGGGAAGAAGACAAAGGGUAAGAAAAGUGACCCGAGAAGGAAAGGAAGAGAUGGUAGAAAAAAUAGUCCUGAGAAGAAAGAGAAAAGGAAAUCAGUCAACGAAACUGUAUUGGGACAACUGGGCUUGUCAACCUCCUUCCCCAUCGACGGGACCUUCUUCAACAGCUGGUUGGCGCAGUCGGUCCAGAUCACCGCCGAGAACAUGGCGAUGAGCGAGUGGUCCCUCAACAACGCCCACCACGAGGACAGCACCCCCGGCCUCUCCGAGGAGCUCCUCCAGGACGAGGAGACCUUGCUGAGCUUCAUGAUGGACCAUUCCCUCAGGUCCCCGUUCAAGCAGAGCGAGGCCACAAAGAAAGUGAAAAGCAAAACGAGAACGAACACUAAGAAAAAGCUGCCCAGGAGCAGCCCCCCCGCCGUGGGUGGGAGUCACCCGGAGAGCUCGGAGCCCUGGACUAACAACGCCAGCGACUUGUCGGAUGAUGCCGCCAAGCCCUUCGCUCCAGAUUCCAGACCGAGCAAGUCGGAGAAAGGGGCGGCGAAGCUUCCCGCCGACCGCAAAGGGACGGGCGAGGCGAAAAAGGCGGCCAGGAAGGGCUCUCUCCCGAAAGCCGGCGAGCCUCACCCCCCGGCCGGGGCGAGGGGCUGCGUCAGCAAGGAGGAGGAGGAGGAGACGCCGCGCUGCGCUCAGCCAGAGCCCAGCCCCGCGGCCAAAGUGCCUGACUCCGUAGGUAGCCCCAAAACCGUCGUGCGGUUCAAAUUACCAAAGGAGAGCCGAGGGACUCGGAGGUCGCAGCCCCCCAAGCCCGACGGCGCCGGCGGAGCUCCCUUGCGUCGUUUCGACGCCGAGACGGACGGCUACUUCUCCGAUGCAGAGAUGAGCGACUCGGACGGGGAGUCCCGUGGCGGCAGGGCGCAGCGGGGCCAGCUGGAUGCGGCCAGCGAGGACAUCGUCAGGAUGAGCAUCCUGGCAUCCUAACUCCUCCCGACCACGCCGGCUCGACGAGGCCUCAACCCAGUUACAACUGCCAUGUCCAAUUUCUGCCUGGUAUCAUAGCAAGGGGGAUUUUUAAUAUGUGUAUAUAGUUGGAAAUUCGGCACUGUUGUCUUUCUCUUCUCUAUACGCCUGAGAUACAGCUUCAGCUUCACCGACAUCGAUGACCGUGACAGUCGUGGUCCCUCCCCGGCUCCCUGCCAGACCCCACUUCCCGGGAACGCGAGCCGGCGCCCGGCGGGACCGAUGCCGAGGGUGCCGAGAGGGCGGAGGGUGCCGGUACCCGUGCAUUCUGCAGGGAUGACAGUUUAAUUAAUGGGCAUUAUUUAAU